UUUUUUGCUGAGCAAUUUUGGGCAUCUUGAAGUGUUGCUGGGGCGCCACGAGUAGAAUUGUUCCGUGGCCACUUCCUGGCUAUACUCUGUGCAAGAGAGAGCGAUCUGUGGUGUGUUGUGUGGAUAAAGUGGAGCAAGUGCGCCCGCAAGAGCGUGUGUGUGUACUCAAGAGAAGAGUUUCUCGUGUGUUGUGUAUUGGGAUCUGAGAGAAAAGAGCGGAUCCGCGAUUCUCUUUUUGCCCCCCAGAACUUGUGAAGAAAAGCGCCCAAACCAGCAAAGGAGUCUCUUACAGAAGAGCAGAGAAGAUUGCGCGACGGAAAAAAUGUCGCUCCCGCUGAACUCUCUCUACAGCUUGACGUGGGGCGACUACGGCACUUCUCUCGUGUCCGCCGUGCAGUUGCUCCGAUGCCACGGCGACCUGGUGGACUGCACACUGGCCGCCGGUGGACGUAGCUUCCCUGCCCAUAAGAUUGUCCUCUGUGCCGCCAGUCCGUACCUCCUAGACCUUCUAAAGAACACACCGUGCAAACACCCGGUCGUGAUGCUAGCCGGUGUGAAUGCUAACGACUUGGAGGCGCUGCUGGAGUUCGUGUAUCGUGGUGAGGUGAGUGUGGACCACUCGCAGCUGCCGUCGCUGCUGCAGGCGGCGCACUGCCUCAACAUACAGGGCUUAGCGCCGCAAACGGUGAGCCACAAGGAUGACCAGAGCCAGUACCAGAUCCAGCUGCAUCCCACUAUCGUGCCGCAGCACAUCAAGACGGUCAUCGACGUGGGCAACAGCACUUGCAAGUCCGAGCAGCUGAUCACCACCAUCCAGUCACCCGCCGAAGCAGUGCAGGCACAAAUUGUGGAAGAAAUCUCACCGGAUCAGAUCACGGAGGAUGUGACGAAAGAUGUCAUUAGCCAUCUUCUGCCCACGAGGAAGAGGAAGCCACGCACCCGAAAGCCAUCCACUGCAAAUGCUAAAAUUCCACGUACUGACAUCAAACAGGAAACGGACACGUCAGAAAACGGCAUGACUACCGGAAAACCAGAACAGAAGCAAGAUGUUGUCAAACCAAAAUCUCGAUCUCAGUCGGAACAACCGGCUUCGUGUCCAAUCUGUGGGGCAAUUAUUCGGCAAUCUCGUAACUUGCGACGUCACUUGGAGCUGAGACAUUUUUCACGUCCGGGAGCAAAAAAGGAGAAGAAACUGAAAGCCAAUAGCAUGUCAUCAGAAUCGGCCUCGACGUCCACGGGAACGGUGACUGUGGUGAUGGCGCCACCGGGAUCGCAGCAGCAGCAACUCGUGGAGGGCCAGCAGCAAGUGGUCAGUCAGGCGGAAGCGACGGAUGGCAGCAAUUCGCUGUCCGUGACGCACGCUCAGGCACUGCAGGGACACCAAUUGACGAUUGGGAAUCUGAACCAGUUAUAAAGAGUAUAUAACUUCUAUAUAUGUAUAUAUAUAUAGAAAAAUGGGUGAAAGGUGAAAUAAAAGGAGAAAAAAAGAGCGCGAGGAUUUCCCAAAAAAUGAAUGUUCAUUUAAGUUUCAAACACAAAAAUACACACACAAAAUAUGAUUUCUCGUGUGACGCAGAAAAAACAUAAUGCGGGGCAGUUUUUAUUUUAAGAGAGAGACGCUAAAAGACGACGAAAGAGAAUUAAAAAACAGGCUGAAUUGAUCCUGAAGGAAUUUAUUUGAGUCAUUAUAUACACACAUAUAUUUUUUCGUUUAUUGUGAGAGUAAGGAAAGAGGGAGAGAGAGAGA